UUUUUCCCAAGUAUUUUCGGGGCCAGGUUGGAAAUAGUGAAAUGGAUGAGUAUUUGUAAAGACCAAACCAUUGUUUUUAGUACUAUAACUAUAACUGAAAAUAAGAAGCAGCAGUUGAAAUUUUUUAUUUGGGAUUUUGUUGGAUGAAGUGAUAGUUUUGACUUUUGAGGUUGAAAAUGCGUUUGACAAUGUCUUCUUCUUCAGCUCUUCCUCUUCCUCUUCCUUCAACUUUCUCACAAUCUCCAUCUUUGAGCUUAACCCAUCUCCCAAAUUACUCUUCUCUACCCCUCACAGACCAACAAUGCACUCUUGCAGACUCAAAACCCAGAACAAUUCGCUUUCGUUUAAGCGAAUUAUGCAGACAAGGCCAACCCCAUCUCGCCCGCCAACUGUUCGAUACAAUUCCUCAACCAUCAACUGUCCUUUGGAACACAAUUAUCAUUGGGUUUGUCUGUAAUAACAUGCCCCAUGAAGCCAUUUCAUUCUAUUCUCGAUUGAAACAUGUGGGUUCAUCCGUAUGUGAUCAAUAUAGUUAUUCCUCUGUUCUCAAGGCUUGCGCGGAGACCAAACGGAUUCUUGAAGGUAAAGCUGUGCAUUGCCACAUUCUGCGUUCUGGGAUUCAUCCAAGUAGGAUUGUUAGUAAUUCUUUGUUGAAUAUGUACUCUGCUACUUGUUUUACAUUGGAUAAUGGUUCUGAUUGUGAUUUAGUUGAAAGGGUGUUUAGAACUAUGCGUAAAAGAAAUGUUGUUGGGUGGAAUACUAUUUUUUCAUGGUAUGUGAAAAGGAAGAGGUUUUCGGAAGCAGUGAGGUGUUUUGUUAUGAUGAUGAGAUUAGGUAUUAAGCCAACUGUUGUUAGUUUUAUUAAUGUUUUUCCUGCUGUAUCAGAAAUAGGGGAUGUUAGAGUUGCUGAUGUUCUUUAUGGGUUGCUUGUGAAAUUGGGUAAUGCAUAUGUAAAUGACUUGUUUGUUGUUAGUGCUGCCAUUGUUAUGUAUGCUGAGCUUGCUUGCGUUGAUCUGGCGACCAGAAUAUUUGAGAAUACUUGUGAAAGAAAUACAGAGAUCUGGAACUCUAUGAUUAGCGGGUACAUUCAGAACAAUUUUCCUUUGAAAGCUGUUGAUCUCUUUCUUGAAGCUGUAGAAGCAGAGGAUGCUGUUACUACUGAUGAUGUGACAUUUGUAUCUGCUCUUAUGGCAACUUCACAGUUGCAGCAUUUGGAGUUUGCCCAACAGCUACAUGCAUGUCUGAUAAAGAAAUGCAGGGAUUCACAGGUUAUUUCGCUUAAUGCUAUGAUAGCCACAUAUUCUAGGUGUAACCGUGUGGGCGAUUCAUUUAAAGUUUUUAAUGGAAUGAAGGAAAGAGAUAUAGUGUCAUGGAACACCAUGGUGUCUGCUUUGGUACAGAACGGACUGGAUGAUGAGGCUUUGAUGCUUGUAUAUGAGAUGCAAAAGCUUGGGGUUGCAAUUGAUGAUAUAACAAUUACCAUCCUGCUUUCUGCGGCAUCAAAUCUUAGGGACAGGGAAAUUGGUAAACAGACCCAUGCUUACCUUCUGAGGCACAAUAUUCAAUUUGAAGGGAUGGAGAGUUACCUGAUAGACAUGUAUGCCAAAUCUAAUAUGAUUAGAGAAGCACAAGUAAUAUUCCAGUCGAACUUCACAAAUGAUAAAGAUCAAGCCACGUGGAAUGCUAUGAUUGCUGGAAACACUCAAAAUGGAUUAAUUGAACAAUCCUUUGUUGUCUUCAGGGAGAUGCUAGAGCAGAAUGUGAAGCCAAAUGCUGUGACCUUAGCAUCAAUACUCCCAUCAUGCAGCCAGUCAGGAAGUAUAGCAAUAGGCAAGCAGCUACAUUGUUUUGCGAUUCGCAAUUUGAUUGAGAACAAUGUUUAUGUUAUUUCUGCUUUGGUAGACAUGUAUUCAAAAUCAGGAAUCAUUGAUUAUGCUGAAAGUGUUUUUCUAAAAUCUCCUGAGAAGAACUCUGUGACAUAUACAAAUAUGAUUUUGGGAUAUGGCCAGCAUGGGAUGGGUAGGAAAGCUCUAACACUGUUCUACUCUUUGCGGCAGAAUGGUUUAGAACCAGAUGCUGUUACCUUUGUAGCAGUCCUGUCUGCUUGCAGCUACACCGGAUUGGUUGAUGAAGGCCUUCAAAUAUUUGAGCUGAUGGGCAAAGAAUACGGGAUUCAGCCGUCGGCAGAGCACUAUGCUUGUGUGGUUGACAUGUUAGGAAGAGUUGGACGGUUGGAUGAAGCUCAUAAUUUUGCUAAACAGUUGGGUGUUGAGGGUAAUGUCUUGGGAAUAUGGGGAUCACUCCUUGCAGCCUGCAGAGUACAUAGAAAUUUUGAAUUGGGGAAAAUUGUUUCCAGUAAGCUGCUUGAAUUAGAGGGGAGUGAUGAAAUUUCUGGUUAUCAUGUUCUGCUCUCAAAUAUAUAUGCAGAGGAAGGAAACUGGCAGUCUGUCGAUAAUGUCAGAAGAGGAAUGCGCAAAAUGGGAUUGUCAAAGGAGGUUGGGUGUAGUUGGAUUGAUACUUCUGGAUAUCCACACUGUUUUGUAUCUAAAGAUAAGAAGCAUCCUCAGUACUGCAUGAUAAAUGAUAUGUUGGGAUAUUUAACCAUCAAUAUGAAGGAUGCUGGCUAUAAGCCUAAACUUGAACUAAUAGAAGAGUGGGUCUAUGGGCCAGAAGAAUAAAAAACUAUUAGUUCUCCCACUAUGUUGUUGUUCUCCCACUAUGUACCUUUGUACUCAUGACAUUUUUGGACAGGAUUUUGCUAGAGUUAAUAUGAUCGUAGUUUAUCAAUGACCAGCUGCCUUUGAAAUUCGAGAGCAAUCAAGAAUAUCCAUUUUACCUUUUUGGUGGGAAACGAGGAGUCCCAGAUAGCAAAAGAAGGGUCUUAUCCAAGAUGACAACUUCUAUCAAGCUGUCUGAUUGACUGAAGCACAUUUAAAUUAGGUGACCAGUUCUUUCCUUUGAAUAACUUAUACUUGUUCUGCAGGUCAACUUUUAAACUAUUGUAUUAAGGAUAUUCUUUGAUAUAGUCUUUGCAAGUUCAUGAGUGUUUUUAUAUUGGAGCCAAAUGGCAUUAAUAUCACUUGUGAAGGUUGAACCAGAUAACUAUUAAUAUGUCUGCUAAGGUUGGUUCAGCUAAUUAUAGUAUGUGAAUAUCAAUGGAACUGGCAUAAGUGGAGUUUAUCAUUUGUGAAAAUGGUUCUGAAGCUACAACAAAUCAUAUAGAUAUGAUAAUCUCAGAAAAUUUCCUUAUUAGGCUGUCGGCUUAAUUUAUUGGACAUUGACAAACAAAAGCUUUCUAUAAAUUAGGUCUAGUUCUAGUGAUUAGUAGGAGGUUUUAUUGAGUAAAUAUGCAUAUAGACUCUUGCCAACCAAAUAAGUUCCAAGUCCAUAUUAUCGUUACUUGGUUUAUUAGGUUCCACAUGCUUUCUUACAAGCUGUUUGGGUCAAUUUAAUGUGAAUUAUUGCUCUUCAGUUUUCACAAGGGACAGAGGGUUUAAACGGCCUCUUCUUUUGGAGUUUUCUCCUUUUGGAUAAGGUAAAUAGUUUUACUAAGAGUUAAUGGUCAAAAACACAUCCAAACUAUCACUUUUUGCGAGUUUCAUACCUCAACUAUCAUUGUUCGCUUUACCUACCUAAACUAUCACCCCUGUUGUAUUAAAACUCACCUUGGUGCUAGGUGGUUCAUUUGUGAACAUGCAGGGUAUAGAAUGGUUGUUUAUUAUCUGAAGAUAAUAUGCUUAAGUGAGUGAGAAACUGAUAAAGUCAUAUGGUACAUUGAUGUCGCUAGAUCCUAACAUUUGUAAUUUCUAAGUCUCUCUGGAUUAUCAAAAUGGUUUUCAUCAUCUUUCAUAAGAUGCACAUUGUGAACUAGUAGAGUAUUGCAGGGUUUGGCUGCCAAUUUUCCAGUUUCUGCAAGUAGGUCAAGAAUAUAGUUUCUCUGAGAUAGAAAAAUUCCCUUCUUGCUUCUAUUUACUUCUACUUCCAAAAAAUAUUUCAACCGGCUUAAGUCCAGACUUUAGGGAAGAGAUCCUCUCACAAUAAGAAGGAUAGUGCCAGCUGCAGAUAGUCGACCGAAAACAGAGUGAUUACAUUUGCUCAUUUUCAGCCCACACGCUUGAACUACCUCACUGAACUUGUCAAACCAAUCUCGCUGGUUGAAGCCAUACAAAGACUUCUUCAAAUGAUAGACUUUCCUAUACUCCCCCUAAGCAAUAAAAUCGGGUGGUUGUUCCAUAUACACUCCCUCUUAAAGAUCACCAUAAAGGAAUACAUUCUUGAUAUCUAACUGGUGUAAAGACCAGUUCUUGAUAACAACUAGAGAAAUGAACAAACGGACAUAAAUGAGUUUGGAAACCGGAGAAAAGGUGUCUGAAUAGUACCCCAUAAGUCUGAGCAUAUUCUUUAGCCACAAGCUUGGCCUUAAGUCUUGCCAUGGAACCUUCUGGAUUAACUUUAACUGUGAACACACACUUACAUCCUACUGCUUUAUUCCCAUUGAAUCUACCAAAUUUCAUGUGUGAUUUUCCUCAGAUGCAUGUGUUUCCUCAAGCAUCGCAUUUGAUCAUCUAGGAUGAUUCAAAGCCUUCUUCACAGUUUUGUGUAUAGAAACAGAGUCUAGAGAAGCACUCAAGGAUCUAGAUGUGGAAGAUAUGCGAUCAUAGGAAACAAAGUUAGCAAUGGAAUAUUUGGAUUGCAAGUCCGUGUACCUUUACGAAGUGCAAUAGGGAUGUCAAAAUUUUCUAAAAGGAUCAAGUAGGGAAGGAUUUGAUGACAAAGGAACUGGUGCUACACAUGUAUCAUCGGCCUCUCGUCACCUCGAAUAAACUUGAGCAAUUGACGGUUUUGCUGGAACAUGCGUCGAAGGUGCAACAGUUGUGUGGUGCUCAAUAGAGUAACUAAGAGAUGGAAAAAUAACAUCAUCUGAUUGCAUAACAUGAGUAACCUGAUAAAUUAACCACUCAUCUUCCACCCCCUUACUUGUAGAACUGCGAGAGAUAUAGAAGAAUAAUGUAGUUUUUGAAAAUAUCACAUCAUUUGACACCAAAUAGUUGCCAAGUUCAGUAGAAUAACAUUGAUACCCCCUCUAAAGACAAGAAUAACCCAAGAAAACACAUUUCAAUGCCUUAGGGUCCAACUUAGUAACAAACGGGAGUACCUCUCGAACAUAACACUUACUUCCGAAUACCUUUGGUUCCAUUGGAAAUAAUGACUUGUUUAGAAAAAGAAUAGUGUAAGGCAAAUUACAAACAAGCACCGUGGAUGACAUGCAAUUAAUCAAAAAACAAGCUGUAGAGAGUGUAUCAACCCAAACUUUUUAGGAACUUUCAUUUGGAACAUAAGUGCUCGGAUUGUCUCAAGUAGAUGCCCUAUUCUUACUCUCAUCAACUCCAUUUUGAGAAGGUGUAUCAACACAUGACGAUUGAUGGAGAAUAUCGUGUUUUCUCAAUAGGAUUGAAAUAAGUCUGACAUAUAUUCUUUAGCAUUAUCACUCCUUAAAAUACACAUCAAAGUAUUGAAUUAAGUUUUUAUUUCAACACAAAAGUGUGUAAACAUUUCAAAGAGACUUUUCAUGAAAUAAAUCCAAGUCAUUCGAUAGAAAUUAUCCACAAAAGUGACAAAAUACUUAUGUCCAGUUUUUGAAUCAAUGGGACGUGGUCCCCAAACAUCAUAAUGAAUUAGCGCAAAAGCUUACUCAAUCGGUUUAUUAACCCUUGGACGUAACGUGUUGCGAUGAUGUUUUGCAAAUUGACAUGAUUCACAUUUCAAAGAAGGAACAUUUUGAAACAGGGGGCAGAGCUUCUUUAACAAAAGUAAAGAAUGAUUUCCCAAUCGAUAAUGUGCUACAAAUAAAACCAUGACACUUGUGCAGACAACAAAUCGAGGCUCAUAUUUAUCAAGGAUAUAUAGAUCAUCAAAUAUAUAUCCUUUACCAAUAACCUUAUGUGUGGCAAGAUCACGAAACAUGCAUGAUCGGGAAAGAAUGAAAUAUAACAAUUAAGAUCUAUAAUAAGUUUACUCACAGAAAUCAAAUUGAAGGCCAACUUCGGCAUUUUUUUUUUUGAAAUAAGGGUAACUUUGUGUUCACAAAAAAAAUCAUCAUCCAAGAAAUGAUGAAUUGGAAACUUACAUCCCAUAGUAUGAUGGGCACACCCCUAUGAAGGUAACUAAAUUACAAGUUUCCUAAGAAAUCAACUACUUCUACCACCUCCCCCACCAAAUCUUGUUUACACCAAAGAAAUAGAAGACUAAUACAACUUGUUAAUCCUUUAAAAAGUAAUUUUUUUGUCCUUUAAAACACCUAGUAUUUCGGUUACCAAAAAAAACACCUAGUAUUUCUUUCCUUCCAUAUGGACCAAUAGCUACAUGUUGGGAAGAGCUUCCACCAUUCUUCCUUUUUCCUCUGCUUCCAACUCUUAGCCAACUCUUCAGAAGCUUUAAAGUAGUCUUUGGCAUCACCUAGCUAACCCUCCAAAUGCAUAAAACAUAUUCACAAAUUGGCAGCUAUUUGGCAAUGUAUGAGCAGAUGGUUGUUCACUUCAGCUUCCUGUUCACACAAGCACCUUGAACAAAUUUGCAUGCCUCUUUUCUGUAGGGCCUCAUGAGUAAGACAUGUUUUUCUGAUUAGUAUCCAAACAAAACAUGAGACUUUCAAUGGACAUUUCACCUUCAAAAACAGUUUCUAGGGCCGUCUCUCAAUCAGUAGGACAUUAUAAUUCAUCUUCCAAUAGCUUGAUUUCACUAUAUAGAUCCUUUUGUUGUGUAUUUCCCAUAUUGGCUUAUCAAACCUCUAAGAAGUACCUGGGAAAUCAUUAAGAACCCCUAAUAGCUUGGCAAUCUCCUCAAUUUCACAAUCAUUCAAUGCUCUCCUUCAAAGUAGAUUCCAACCCUGUUUACUCCAGGCUUGUUCCACAGUGUCAUUUUUCUGCAUACUCAAUGUAUAUAGAAGAGGUAAUAGGUUUCUCAAACUGUCUUCCUCUAUCUAUAUUUCAUUCAUGAACUCUGUCUUCAGUCCAUCCCCAACACUAAUACAUAUGCUGUUUUUGAAAUGUGGCUAUUGUCUUCUAAUGGUCUUCCAAACACUGCAUCUAAAUGUGCCAUAACCUCUUCAGUUGUCCACCGGUUAAAUAAACCAUACUUUCCUGAUAUAAAUCUUCUCCAUAUGGCUCUAUAUUCUAUGCAGAAUCUCCAUAGCCACUUUGGGAGUAAACUACUAUUUUGGAGACUUAGGUUCUUCAAUCUUAGCCUCCUUGGUUUUUGCUAAGUGUGAGAGUAUCCCACUUCACCAAGUUGCAGCCUUCCUUUUCCUUGUUGCCUUGCCAAAGAAAAGAUCUCCUGAGCCUAUUUAUAUUCUUCUCAAUGUUCUUGGGGACUGGAAAUAAACUCAUCAUAUAAGUAAAUGAUCCAUCUAAUACUGAUUUGAUGAGGGUCACCCUGCCACCCGUGGACAAAUACUAGUUUUUUCAUUGGGCUAGUUUCUUCUCACAUCUCUCCAACACCACAAUGCACACUUCCAGCUCUUUGCUCUUAGCACCCAAAGGUAGUUCCAGAUAUUUUGUUGGUUGUGCAUCUACCUAGCAACUCAAUGUCUCGGCUAGCCCAAGAAAAUUGUCAACUAAGUUGAUAGGGAGGAGAUGACUCUUCAACCAAUUGACAUGGAGGCUUGAAAUGCUCUACUAAAUAGUGAGUAUAGCACUUAUGUGUCUAAUUUGUGCCUCCUUUGCCUUACAGAACAUAAGAGCAUCAUCAACAUAGAAAAAGUGUGUGAUCUCCAGCUCCUUCCCUGUCCCAGCAAGUGCACUAAAUCCUCUCCCAUCCAUUAGUCUUUGCCUUCUGGAACAUGUGAACCCUCCAGGGCUAUUAAGAAUAGGAAUAGGGACAUAGGAUCUCCCUGUCUAAGACCUCUCUGAGAUUGGAAGAAUCCUUCAGUGUUUCCAUUUAUGAGGAGGGAAAACUUCACACUUGAAAUGCAGUUAUUGAUCCAGCCAAUCCACUUGCUACCAAAUCCCAUGUCCUUUAGAAUUUUUAGAAGGAAAUUCCAGUUAACAUGGUCAUAGGUUUUAUCAAUGUCUAGCUUGCAUAGAAUCCUCAGUUUCUUCUGCUUUACCAUGGAGUUGACCAAUUCAUUAGCCAACAAUGUUGCAUCCAUUAUUUGCCUACAUCUCAAAAAAGCCAUUUGGUGUUCAUCAACCAAUUUCACUAUCACUGUCUUCAUUCUCUCAGUUAGCAACUUGGAGAUGAUUUUAUAGACUACUCCUAUCAAACUGAUUGGUCUGAAGUCUUUUAGCUCAAUUGCAUCAGGUUUCUUUGGGAUUAAAGCGAUGAAUGUAACAUUAAAUGAUUUCUCAAAUGCACUCCUCUGAUGGAAAUUUUGUAUACUCAACAUUAAAGCCCUCUUUCAAAAUAUCCCAACAUUUCUUAAAGAAAUCCAUAGUGAAGUCAUCAGGGACAUGUGCUUUGUCCCUAUCACACUGGUUGAUGAUCAGUAGCACUUCCUCAUCUGUAAAUGGUCUUUGUAACCUUUCAUUUUCAUCUACAGAGACUGUUGGAUAUCCUACAAAAUCAAAAGAGGGUCUCUAGGAUUCAAGUUCUGAGUAGAGUCUGGCAUUUAAUACAGAUGAUAGGGUAAUAGAGGAAGUUGCUUUAAUGGUUCCAAAUCCCACAAUGUUAUGUGUUGAGCCAUCAACUACCAUUACUUGAGAGGGUGCUUUGUGUAGUCGAAAGGUAGAAAAUAUAUUCGGAUUACGUGUCAUGUGAUUGUGUCAUGUGAUUUGUAGUACCUGAAUCAAUCGCCCAGCUGUUCAAAGAGGAGACCGCAUAUGCUUUUCUUGAAUCAACAAGGGUAGUAGUUGAAAUGAAUUCUUUAAAGGAUUAUCGAUACUAAGAGGACUCCGCAAACUCAUUCGCCGAAACCAAAAUUGUCUUACCCUCAUAAUUUAUAGCCAUAUUUACUCCUUUCUAAUUGUUUGAGUUAUAGUUUCCAACAUAAAAUACCCAAAAUAUCAAUAUAUGAGAAGCCAACAAACACAAACAAUACCAACAAAUACAAUCCAGUACUGAAAAAGCAAUUCUUUAAUAUCAAGACAUGCAAAAUUUUAUGGGAUUAAAUCCAUACAAAAUUUGAACGAAGUUAUAAAUUCACGACAUUGACCCAAGUCAAUAUUUUGGGUUAAUAAAGUCGGAUUAAUUAUUUAAGUCAAGAUUGCAUGACUUAAGUCAAAUCCAACUACAUUGGGCUAGGUUGGGCCUCUACAAAAUGGUCCCCCCACUUGUUUUAAGCCCAAGGGUCCAUUAUGAUUACUUGGAGGCUACCCUAAAACCUUCAUCAAUGCCUAUAUAAAAUAAAGGGGCUACAUUUCUCUUUGGAAGCAUUUUGGAAAUUCUAUAACAUCUUUGAAGAUUCUAAGAUGGAAUUGGACAAAGACAAGAGAGUGUUCGACUGGAACAACGGCCAACAAAGACUAAUUACAUAGAUAACUACUCCUCCCUUCUCCUUAAGGCGUUAAGGCGAACUGUGUAGAGGUAGGAAAGAAAGACGUCCUCACCUUCUUUGGUAUCAGUGAGAGCAAUUUGAGUAUCCCUCGUGCACCUUCUUUUGUAGAUAGAAUCCUUAAUGAGUGGAAAUAAGCAACCUUACUAAGAAAGGUGCUUGUUGAGUAAGGACGACUUUCAGGCCAACCCUUGGUAUAGGUUGGGCACUUGAGCGCAUGAUUGGUCCAUUGAAUAUUGUAUAGGCCCCUAAGCCUCUCGAGCGCAGGGAUGCACACAUCUUAUAUAUCAUGAUCAUGUCAAUGCAAUCAACACGCCAAAUUUCAUUUAUUUGUUCUAUUAAGUACUUCUUUCACGCCAUUAGCUUUGAAAUUGUCUCCCUUUGCCAGUUCACCUCGAUGAAAUACUUAAGAAUAGCCUAGCUUUAGAAGGUCAUUAAUAAUAUUUGAUUCCAAGAAAUUAGCAACCAAUUCUCCCAACAAAAUAAUUGUAGUCGAAGUCAAAUAUCAAAUUAAUUUGACAUAAGGAUCAAGCAUCCACAAAACACUAUUAAUUCAAUAUUGAGCAAAACUAAACAAAUCGUGACAACACCAAAUAGAAACCAGAUCUAAAUCACAAAAGCUUCAGGGAAAAUAUGAGCUUGGAAGUAGUUUUCAGAAAACAAUAUGAACCUAGAAGUGACGAAGAGUUACCCAAACAGUGUUUCAACACUAAACAAAACUCAGGGUACGUCGAAACUGAUAAGACGACACCGGAUGUUCAAUCUUUGAAAGAUUUUGAUGGAGCACGCGCCUCCACACGUCGACGCGUGACUGACAAAUGAGAGAUGUAGCUGGUGCGUGGUGGAAAUUGAUCACUUUGAAAGUGAUCGAAAGGAUGAUCUGCCUCCUCCCACAGUGGCGGUGACACAAAUUGACCACUUUGAAAGUGAUUGAUUUGAAAUUUGACUCUGUUUCUGUAAGACAACAAAACAAGAUCGAGUUGCCUCAAAACAUAGCCAAAACAAGAUCAAGGAACCUAUAGGCUCUGAUACCAUUGAAUGGAAGUUGAUGAUCUUAUUCCAAUAAGUAAGCAAGAUAUAAAUAUAAUACAUUAGGUGCUAACUUAGGAAAGAAAAUAAAGAGGGAAUCCUACAAAUCUGCUAGCUAAUUUUUUUUUGUUGAUUGUAGCGUUCGGGCCAACUUUCGCGCACCUUGACUAAUUAUAAGAGAUUUCAACAAAUUUACUAGCUAAUUAUGCCUAUGUACAUUACUAAGAAUGAUGUCUAUAUACAUUUUGUAACAAUUAGUCCUUUUGACCACAUUUAUAUGAGGUAGUUUGACUUGAUACGCAGUCAAAGAAAGAAAGAAAGACUUUUGAAAAUUGUGGCUAAAUUAAGUCAUAAAUGUUUGUGUGACUAUAGAUCAUCUCAUUAAGGAUAAAAUGAACAUUUUAAAGUUAAUUUUUUUACUAAAAAUAGAACUGUGUCAUUCCUUUUGGGACUAACUAAAAUGGAAAGUAAAUUAUAUAAACUGGGAUAGAAGAGUAUAUAUAUGUGUGUGAUUCCUUUUUGGCUGAAUGAUUGUUUUCGUAGGUGAUAAAGCUUAUAAUUGUAGAUUGAUUUACUCAGAAGUUUGCUUUUACUGUGCUUUGUGAUCAUCAGGUUCUGCUUGUUGUGCUGACGUUUUCUGGUACUCUUCUUUAAUAUGCUUUAGUUUAGGAAAGUUAAUUUUUAGAGAUAUGAUAGUUCUUUGAAGGGAAAAAGUAAGAUCUUUCAUGGCUUUCUCUUUUAGAUUUUUUGUCAUGGUUCUGUAAAACUUUCCUUUUUCGAUCUGCUUUGAUAUGCUUUUCCUUGAGUUGAGGGUCAAUCAAAAAAUCUUAUUUUAGAUGCACAAUAUUUAUGGUAGUUUUUGGUCAUAUAUUAACACUCAUCCGUUUUAUGAAUCCUCUUCAAGAGCUUACUUUUUUCAUGUUUGAGCCUUUC